CUGUAUUGCUUCGUCUCGCGAGAGGUACCAGCCCGCUGUCAUGGCGGCGGAGGAACCGGAGGUGGAUGUGGAGGGGGAUCUGACGGCCGCGCUCGGGGAGGCGGCAUCAGAAGGUCAUGAAAACACAGCAUCGAGCUUACUGCAGGAUCACUAUCUUGAUUCAUCCUGGAGAACUGAUAACAGCCUUCCAUGGACGCUGGACAGCAGCAUUAGUGAAGAGAACAGGGCUGUCAUUGAGAAAAUGCUGCUGGAGGAAGAAUAUUACCUAUCAAACAAAUCGCUGUCUGAGAAAAUAUGGCUCAGUCAAAAGGAAGCAGAAAAAAGAUCUGUGAAAAGCCCACAUAAGAAAACUGGAAAAGUCAUGGUGCGAUCUCCUACAAAACCAGGCAGCAACUCAUUGAAGUGGACAUCAGAAGAAAAAGAACUAUUUGAACAAGGGCUGGUGAAAUUUGGCCGCCGCUGGACAAAAAUUGCCAAGUUGAUUGGGAGUCGUACUGUUCUACAAGUGAAGAGCUAUGCCAGGCAGUACUUUAAGAACAAGGCAAAAAAUGAUGGUUCUGAAAGAGAAGAGCAAAGUCAGUGUGGUGGCAGCCUUCCGUCUGAGGAUGGAGUAAGGGUAGAAGCAUGGUCAGCUGGAAGCUUGAGAGGCCGUGCAGACCCUAACCUGAAUGCAGUGAAAAUUGAAAAGCUGUCAGAUGAUGAAGAAGUAGAUAUAACUGAUGACAUGGAUGAACUCUUUUCUCCUGCUUGCCAGCAAGAUGUUGGAAAAUCCGAAUUAUCUGCAAUUUCAGAAAGUCCAGCUGAAGAAACAAAAGGAGCAGAGCAUCCUUUACCAAAUGUCGGACAUAGUUCUGCUGUUUCUUUGCUGGAAGAAGACCCUCAGAAUACUAAGCAACCCACAGUGAACACGUUACUGUUUCAGGAUGUUGCAGCAACAUGUUCUCAGCACGUGAAUGGUGAUAAACCUGUAAACUUGGAUUACCAGCAGUGCAGUGAUUUUAUAGAGAAAGCUGGACAGGGUGGAACAGGAGCAUCUCAUGGUGCUUGGGAAACAACUGACCAGGAGCUUAAUGAGGAACAGAGAGACCUGGCUGAUAAUGGGCUGCUUUUUCAUCCCACCUGCCAAGUGGAUGAAGAUCAUCAAGAAGAAGCAGAAGCUCUUAAGCCACCUGAUCAAGAAGUGGAGAUUGAUAGAAGCAUCAUUCUGGACGAAGAGAAGCAAGCUAUUCCUGAGUUCUUUGAAGGGCGCCAGGCCAAAACACCAGAGCGUUACUUGAAGAUUAGGAAUUACAUUUUGGAUCAGUGGGAGAGAUGUAAACCCAAAUACCUGAAUAAGACCUCAGUACGUCCGGGCCUUAAGAACUGUGGGGAUGUUAACUGUAUUGGACGUAUCCACACGUACUUGGAAUUAAUAGGAGCAAUUAACUUUGGCUGUGAACAGGCUGUCUAUAACAGACCACAACCAGCUGAUAAAACACGGUCCAAGGAAGGCAAAGACACGGUGGAAGCCUACCAGCUUGCUCAGCGUUUGCAGUCCAUGCGUACAAGAAGACGGCGAGUCCGAGACCCCUGGGGAAACUGGUGUGAUGCAAAGGAUUUGGAAGGGCAGACGUUUGAGCAUCUGUCUGCUGAAGAAUUAGCAAGAAGAAGAGAAGAAGAAAAACUGAAGCCUGCAAAACCUUCUAAAGGUUCAAGACAAAUAAAAAGUUCCUUUGAUCCCUUUCAGCUGAUACCGUGCUGUUUAUUCACUGAAGAAAAGCAGGAACCCUUUCAGGUGAAAGUGUCUUCAGAAGCACUUUUAAUAAUGGAUUUGCACUCGCAUGUGUCUAUGGCAGAAGUCAUAGGGUUGCUAGGUGGAAGAUACUCUGAAGCUGAUAAAGUUGUAGAAGUUUGUGCAGCAGAGCCGUGCAAUAGCCUCAGUACAGGACUGCAGUGUGAGAUGGAUCCUGUGUCUCAAACACAGGCCUCAGAAACACUUGCUGCCAGAGGAUACAGUGUUAUUGGGUGGUACCAUUCCCACCCAGCGUUUGACCCCAAUCCCUCCAUACGAGAUAUUGACACUCAAGCUAAAUAUCAGAGUUAUUUCUCCAGGGGUGGUGCCAUGUUCAUUGGAAUGAUUGUAAGUCCUUACAACCGAAAUAAUCCUCUCCCGUAUUCUCAGAUUACUUGCCUGGUGAUCAGUGAUGAGAUCAGUUCUGAUGGUUCCUACCGCCUGCCCUACAAAUUUGAAGUACAGCAGAUGUCGGAGGAGCCUCAGUGGGAAUUAAUAUUUGAAAAAACAAGAUGGAUAAUUGAAAAAUACAGGUUCUGUCACAGCAGUGUCCCCAUGGAUAAAAUUUUUCAUAGAGAUUCCGACCUGACUUGUUUGCAGAAGCUGUUGGAGUGCAUGAGGAGGACUUUGAGCAAGGUAACAAACUGCUUCAUUGCCGAAGAGUUCUUGACUCAAAUAGAAAACUUAUUCCUCUCCAUGUACAAGAGUGAAAAGAAGAGUAAUGCUGAAGAAUGUAAGAGUGAAUGUUCAAGUGAAUUAGAACCUUAGAAUCACCAGGGUUGGAAGAGACCUACCAGAACAUCCAGUCCAGCCAUCCACCCAUCACCAAUAGUUCUCACUAAUCCACGUCCCAAAACACACCACCUCCCUGGGCCCAUCCCAGUGCCUGACCACUCUUUUGGAAGAGUAGUAUUUCCUCAUGACCAGCCUGAAUCUCUCCUGGUUCAGCUUGAGGCCACUGUCAAUGUGUUGGCUUAAACAAAACAAGUGUGGAUUUAUUAUUAUUAUUUUAUGCUUAUUUCUCCCUCUGGUUUCUUUUCCUCCUGUCAAUAUGUCAGUAAUUUCAAAAUGGUUACCAUUUUAAUAGUAACAGUUAAAGUAUCCAGUCCCAUUGUAUUGUUACAGUUCAAAGAUACUUUGAAAAACUCAUGGUUUGUGUGAUCAGGAAACACGAGGAGCACUUACUAUUAACACGUAGAGAAACCAUGCAUCAUGGGGUUAGUGAAUUAUACCCCAGUCUGUGGUUUGGGGAGAAGGACAAGCUGCCCACAGCACUGACAAGGAGAGCUCUCCCUCUCAGAUCUUUCAGGAUGGGAAUUUUGUUUUCAUAUAGAUACAUUUUUUUAAUUGACAGGGAUAUAUAUCUGACACUCAAUGGUUUUGUUCCUUAAUGCUUCAGAGAGUCUAAGUUCAAACAAAUGCACAGAAGGGGAACUUAGCACUUCACUGAAAUGAACAACACGUAGCCCAGAGUAGCUUUUUGGCAGAUUCUUUGCCAUCUUGCUUCUGUUUUGUAUGAGGAAGGCUGGCAAGUUGUUGUCUUCUCAUUACUAGUUGUGCUUGUUUCCAGUGGAAAUGUUAACUCCUGUUUAUUACAGGUUACGGUCUUUCUGAUCUUCUGUUCUACAGGAAGAUCAGGCAUUUUUCUGUCAGAUCAUUGUGAUUUGCCCACUUGUAAUUGCCAGUGUUUCCUGUGGAAACGAGCUCUUCACUGUUGGCAAGCAUAGAGCAACAAGCAGACAAGUAUGUACUUUUUUUGGGGUAAGGACGGAUGACAAAGAAAAAUGUGCUUUAAAUUUUGCCCUCUAAAUCCAGAGAUUUGACUUCUAUACACAGAUUUACCUCUGAGAUCUGUCUGAAAUGUAUUUGAAAACAUGAAGCAGGCCAGAACUUGACUUUAUAUUGAUAAUGAUGGAUUUGAUUCUUAUUUGAAAAAUACAUAUGUAUGUGUAUCUACUUCUAUAAAUUUAAGAUUUUAUAUGUUUAAAUCUUCAGCUUUUCAUUUGAAAAGCUUUAAAACUGUAUAGUUGUAUCCUAAUGAGGGAACUCCUUUGCAGAGUUUAGAAUUACCUGCUUUAUCAUGUCUCAUAAUGUCAGUCUGUGUUUCUAAGUGGAAGGUGCAGAACAUGAUUGUGUGCAAGUUUGAGCAGUUGAUACUUGAUGGUUCUCUCGGGGCACAUUCAAGGAUUAUAGUCUUAAAAAUGCUGGUGGCUGCUCUUCUCUGUGCUCGUGCACAGUGUUAGAUCACACUGCUGUGUAUAAUUUACAAACUUGGUGCAUCCAUCUAUUUAAGGCAUGCUGAUUCUGCAUAUAUUCUAAAUCAUCAUCUUUGGGGAUACACCUAAUUAAAGAUACUGCAUGGCUUUCUGUAUUUCUACUUUAGACAACGCUCUCGGUGACAAAGCAUUCUGUCCUGUGUUACUUGUGGGAUGCUCUGCAGUUUUGCGUAGGAUACUCUAGAAAAACCAUAUGCUAUAUAUAGUAUGUACUAAAAGCUGUAGUUCUCCUUCUAUAAACUAGAACCAAAUUUCAACCUCCUGUGUAACAGCAAUAUGAACUAGAUAUCAUUCUUUAUCCAUAUACAUGGAUGUCAGUGUUACCAAAGUAUUGGUAAGAACGUGCUGGCAGCUUUUCUGCUGAAGAAUUAAAGUGAGUUAAAGUAACACAGUUGUAUUAAUUGGUUUUAAGUCACAUUAAGUCAGAAGAGUUUUUAGUCAAACACGCUUCCGAAGCAGUUCAGAUCUCCAGAGAACACUGUGCAGUUUUGUAUGCAUGCACACAAAGGCACCAGGUUUCCCCAGGGUGGUUCUUGUACCAAAGAUUAUCCAUGGACAAUGUUUCAAAGCAUAGGAAAGGUGAGGGGAGGCACAAUGAACUGGUAGUACCACCAGAAUCCCAUGUGACCACACCAUAUCGCGUGUGGAUGGGAAAUAACAUAUCCAUCCUGCCAGGUAAUGAUUUUGUGGGCAGGAGUCAUGGUAAGAAAUACUCUGCUUUUUGUCAUUUAUUUUUGACUUUGUGUCUAAUAAUGAGUUUGGAAGUUGUGUGCUGCUGAGAUGUUACUAACACUGCCAGUUCUGCUACCCAACACGUACAAGGCAUUAAAUCUGUUUAUUGAGAAGCUCAUUGUUUUUUCAUUGGCCGUUUUUCUUAUGUUAGCUUUGUUUUAGGACAAAAUACUGCAGGCUCAUAUAUUUUUUGUUUAUGUAACACCACCUGUAACAUCCAGCCAAGCAUUUCCUCAAGAGAAGGGAAAUGUUUGAGCAGCAAUUGGAACGAUGGAAGUUAAACUGGGCGAGUCACCACUACAUCCUACGAUGUAGCUUUGGCCAUUUGUUGUCUGAGUGAAGCUUUGCUGCCCCAGUUCCCAGCAGUGCUUUUUCACAGCUAUAUGUACCAUGUUCAUGGGGAGGAUGGGGGGCUUGGUCUGUAUUUCCUUGAAUAUUUUUUCCCCUUUGAUCCCUUCUUUGAUAUUCCUGACUGAUGGUAUCCAAGAAUCCACUAAUAAAGACUAAAUAUUCUGUACUUCA